AUGCCGCCAAGGGUCAAAGCAUUUGCUUGGCUGGUGUCAUUUGAAAAGAUCCUCAUACACGUCGGUGGCCUUGGCAAAUAUCUAACAUUCCAAUUUCUGGGUUCUGAAGCUGAAAAUUCUUUCUCACAAUACUGGAAAGAGCAUUUUGGUCUUCCACAUCCUCCACAUUGGUUAGCGGCAAAGGCUUCUCCACUAAGCCUCCAUCAGGUGGCAUCAUUUAUGAAACUUAUGGAGGAAAAUGAAUUAGCUUCUCACCUAUGCUCGUUCUGUGAGCAGGCUAAUGUUGCUUGUUCUACAAAUGCACUAAUGAAAAAGACAAUGGAUGACACAAACCUGCCACCAAUAGCCAAGUGGAAUGCUUUCAAAGUAAAGUAUGAUGACCUCCCAGAUAUAUCUCUGUCGGUUGCCAAACAAGGGGGAUUGCCAUAUUUUAGGGAGUCAAUGGUGAAAGAGGGAGGUUCCAUACCUGUCCCUGAUCUUAGGGAUCAAACAUCAUAUAAAUCAUUUUUGCCACGAACUCUAGCAUCAAAAAUCCCAUUUUGCUUUGCCCGGAUCAAGGAAUUGAAGAAGCUUUUUGCUGUGGUGGAUGAAUCAGAGAUGGAUGAGUACAUUCAAGUCACCCUCAAGAUAUGUGAGAAGAGUCCCACUCGAGGCGAGCAGAGAACUUGUGUGACUUCCGCUGAGGAUCUCAUCGAUUUUGUUGUCGAGAAAUUAGGGCACCAUGUACGCAUAUGGAGUACUGAGAGCAUCGAAGGAUCUUAUGAGAAUGCCACAAUUGGAUCUUUGAAACUCGUACAUGGAAACUUCUCUGAACCACCAGCCAUAUGCCAUAGUCAACCAUUCCCAUUUCAAGUCUAUUAUUGCCAUGUUUUAUCAAAAGUAAAAGUAUAUGCAGUUGAUAUACAUGCUCGGAAGAAAGUGAAUCAUGCGAUCAUGGCAUGCCACUAUGACACAUCAACUUGGAAUCCAAACCACACUGCUUUUAAGCUGUUGGGUUUUGGCCCAGGCCUAAUUGAAAUCUGUCAUUGGAUAAUUGAGAAUGGAGUGGUGUGGACCAAAGACUCUAGGUUGAGCAACAUUUGA